GGACUAUUACUCACACUCAUUCACUUUAAACCAUCGUUGGUUUGGCAUUUGUAUUAGCAGUUCCAGUUUAUUCACUAUUCACUCACCUGAAAAAUGUCUGGAGAAACUCUCGAUGUAUUUGUUGGCCAUCCAACCUGCAAGGCUUUUGAUAUUCAUUUGGAUGACGUUCCAACCAGAAUAUUCGUUGCACAAGGAGCAGAUUUCGUCUCUACUGUCUUGGUUGGCUCCGAGACUGUCUGGAAGGGCGCGGAAGGCGAACGUUGCACCUACCUUACAGUCCAUUUUGACGGAGCAGAAAGGAAUAACGUCCUCAUGGUUUACCUCCACAAGGAGAGCGCUGGAAGACCUGAGCAUAAACUCUUUAAAAAGGUCGGAGGCGAAUGGGUAAACGGUGAAGGAUUUGGAGCUUCCCUUGUCGAGCUUAGAGAAAAGGUCGAUAAAGUUGCCCACUUUACUCUUGAAGUUGGAGGCGCUCCAGUCACUCAAGCCGACUUUUUUGAAGCCCAGCAAUUCAGGGUUCCAACUCGCUUCUUCUUUCCAAAGCUCGGACAGCAUGCAGUGGAGGUUACAUUCGGCGGAGAAACCGUCUGGAAAGCUGAAGGUGAGAGAGUGUUCCUCUCCAAAAUUCACCUCAAGGAUGGAGAGCCAGCGUUGCUAUACAUUCACGGCAAGAAGGAGGACGAGGGAUUCUCGUCCGUAUGCUUUACUCCAAAGGACGGCAAGUGGGAGAAAAUUGAAAGCAAGGAGUAUGGCGCCAUACUUGCGACCCUAAAGCUUUAA